GAAAGGUUGUCAAUUUUUAGUUUUAAAAAGUGCUAAUAAAUGAACACAGCAGAUGACAGUAAAAAUUAUAUAUUUUAUGCUUCUACAGACAAUGUAAAAUAUAUAUCGAAUAUACUAAAAGCUGUUCAAUUUAAAGAAUCAGCUAACUUUCAUGCCACUGACCAGGGAAUAAAAAUAACUGUUGAAGAUUCCCAUUGCUUGCAAGCUAAUUCCUACCUACAGAAAGAAAUUUUUAAUGAUUAUUCCUAUAAAGAAGAUAUAAAAUUUAAAAUAAAUUUGAAUAUAUUCAUUGAUUGUUUGCAAAUAUUCAGCAAUAAUGUUACAUAUUCUCCAACAGCAUUAAAUCAAUCUUUUAGUAACAAAGUUCACUUGAAAGUAUACUAUAAAGAACAUGGACAUCCAUUAAUAUUGUUACUCGAAGAAAAUGGUGUUACGACUGAUUGCUCAAUUAAAACACAAGAAUAUGAAGAUGUCAUGGAGUAUGAUUUUCUAAACAUUGAUAUAGUUAAUAAAAUUAUAUUCAAAUCUGAGGCCCUUAAAGAAAUAUUUAAUGAGAUUGAUAAUUCAUGUGAUGUUUUAGAGAUACUUAUAUCUCCAACUAUUCCAAAUUUUAGAAUAGCCACAUAUGGAGAUUUAGGAUCAAUUUAUAUUGAUUUUCCAAAAGAUUCUUCUUGCAUUGAAUAUUUUUCUUGUAAAGAAAGGCAAAAUAGUAGAUUCAAGCACUCAUUACUUAAACCAGCACUCAAAGCUAUUAAUUAUUCCUCAAAAAUAUCACUGAGAAUGGACAAAAAAGGAUGCUUGUCCUGGCAAUAUAUGAUUAAACAUGAUGAAAAUAUAAUAUCAUUUAUAGAAUUUUAUUGCUUGCCACUAGAUGAAUAUGAUGAAUUGAUAUAAAAAGCUAUAAUGUAUUUAUACUUAAACCCUAGAAUACCUGACAUAAAUCAAAAGAGUCCAUUCGAAUUCUUGAAUUGUGACAUCACAUGUAGCAUUACCUUCAUUUUUUAAAUAUGUUAAAAAUUUUAUGAAUGUUUUUUUAUAUCUAAUUUUGCAUGUUGGUUUAGGACCUACCCAAAUUGAGUGCAUGUGAAUUAUACAGGGGCUCAUCUACUGAUAAUUAUGCUGGGGUUUCCCCUUAGAAUGCCAGCAAACCUUUUUUUUA